AUGGCAGACUUGCCAGACUCUGCCAAGCUCGACCCCACCCCUCCUCUUCCCCCCGUCAACCCCAGUACCGUCCCGUCUUUACCCCCAAGCAGUGGCAAUGGCAAGCGCGCCCCUUCUGGAGGUCAGCCGCAGACAGCACAGCAGCCCCAGACUCUGCUCCAGCAGCGCUACCCGCCAAGAGAGGUGCCCCCACGCUUCCGCCAGCAGGAGCACAAGCAGCUGUUGAAGAGGGGCCAGCCUCUGCCCUCCGGGACUCUGCCUCUCCCCACGUCGGGACGUCCCACCACUACUGAACCUGCAGCAGCAGUAGCCACACACUCCUCUCCCUCCUGCUCCUCUUCCUCCACAUUCAGCCCGCCUACAGAACUGCCCCCACAGAGUGGCCAGGGAGCCCACUAUGAUAAUCCCCUCUGGGGACACCUGCCAGCCAACAGGAGUGCCACAAGUGCUGCAUCUUCCACCAAUCUCAGUGGCUGGGAUCAACUGAUCAUUGACCAGAAGGACACAGAGGCUUGGCCUUCUAUUACCCUAAACCAGAGCCAGGCCCCUCCAGGAGGAUGCCAUUUGGACACUGACCCUGGUUGUCUGACCAGCAGCAACAGCAGUAGUACUAGUAGUAGUUGUAGUACAGUUAGUAUGGCCACGGGGGCCAAUAGCCAGACAGGCCACUUCCCUGCCAACCACCUUAGCAGCAAGGCCAACAGUGGGCCCAGCUCUGCCAAUCAUACUGGAACCAGCAUGAUCUCUAGCCAGGUUGCAGCCAAUCGCAGCUGGGGCUCUGGGCCUGGACCCUCCCAUUGCCCCCCUCAGUCCUCAGUGGGGAGUGAAGGGAAGAAUGACAGUCCAGUGGGGGGAGGAGGCAGCAGGGGUUGGGGGUCUUCUUCAUCAUCCUCCACCACCACCAACUUUAACUUGAACCUAAACCCUAAUGCCAACCCGUCUGCCUGGCCCAUGUUGGGGCAUGAUGGGAUUGGAACAGGGGGAGGCAGCUCAGGGGGAGCCAACACCAUUUCACCUCCUCAACCUACACCCAACCUCUGUAAUCCGCCUAACCCCCCACCAGCCCAGACCAGCACCUGUACCGGAGCCAACACUAACAGCAACUCUUUGGGGAUUGGCAGCGCCUGGGGUAGCAUAAUGGCCUCUGACACGUUAGAGCCACACCCCUCCCCGUCCACGAAUGUGUCUUUCAGUUCAGAACCUCAGAACCUUAAAACUGAUGGACCAAAUCACACUAAUAAGCAGGAACCCCCCAGCCCCAUCCGCAACUUGCCUAGCUGGGGUAGUGCACCUGUAGGCAUGAGUCCCAUGGGCCAGACCCCCCCAGGGGUCUCACAGGUCAAUGGAGAAGAUGGUAGCUCAGUAUGGGGUAACAGUGGUGACUCAAAGGCACCUUCAUCUAAGGAGGCACCUGGUUGGGAAUCUGGCUGGGGCCGUGGAGGAGGUGGAGCAGGAAACUCUGGAGGCUGGGGUGACCAGUCUGGUGGGAACUGGGGGAAGCAGCGCACUGAGGAGGUCCAGGGAGGCUGGGAUGCCCCCAGCUCUCCUCCCCAGGAUCCACAGGCUGGUCCUUGGAACAGAGCUGUGAGCACAGCUGGUGCAAGUGAAGGCAGCAGUGACAGCAUGGAAGGACAUCCCCAGCACAAAGACCCCUCUUCCAGAGAUAAUACAGCUCCUUUGCAGCCUGCCCAGGAUAUGGACCCCAGGGUGUUGUGUAACACUGGCUGGGGACAGACCCCUGUCCGCCAGCACACCUCCUGGGACAUGGACAAUACUAAACGCAAGAAUGAUGCAGCCGCUGAAUCAUGGAGCUCUGGCCCCACCACUCCAAAUGAUGCCCAAGGGCCCUCCAACACUAACAUGGGCCCCUCUCAGAGGACUGACCCUGGGAGCAAAAAUGAUGUGCCUGGUUCUCAGGGAGCUCCAGGUUGGGGUGGAAGCAUAGCCGCUAACAACCAGCCUAGCUCUGGUUGGGGAGAGCCUCCCAGCAACAUUAAGCCCCAAGGUGGCCCGGGUGGCUGGGGCAAUCCACCAACAGGAGGCCCCACCACCAGUAUGCCCAAGAAUGGGGGUCAAUCCUGGGGUGAGGAGAAGUCAACUGGAUGGGAAGAUUCUCGCAACAAGCCAACAUCCCAGGGCUGGGGAGAGCAACCCAAAGCAUCCCACAGCUGGAGCAAUAGUGGAGGGAGCAAUAGUGGAGGGAGCAAUAAUGCAGGGAGCAAUAAUGCAGGGGACUGGCGAGAACCAGAAGAGAGCAAAAAGAGUCCCACCAACCCAGGAUGGGAGGGAGAAGCAGGAGGCUGGAAGGAAAACCCUAGAGGCUGGGGAAUGUCUUCUUCCGGACCUGGGGUACCUGCAUCUGGAGGAAAUGGGGGCUGGGGAGAACCAGUUUGCCAGCGUCCCAGUGGCCCUCCCCAAGGUUGGGGGAAUAAGCCUCAGGAUGGACCCGGUGGUGGUGGUGGUGGUGGUGGUAGUGGGGGUGGGAACAUAGGCUCUUGGUCUGGCCCAGCCUCAGUGAAACAGGGUGGAAGCUGGAGUGGCAGUAAGAAGUCCUCAGCUGAGUCCUCAGCUGAUCCUUCAGGCUGGGAGGAGCCCUCCCCACCUUCAAUCCGACGUAAAAUGGAGAUAGAUGAUGGGACCUCAGCUUGGGGUGACCCUGGUACCUACAUCAAGACAGUCAACCUGUGGGACAGGAACAACCCAGGAAUUUCCCAGGCUAAAGUUACCACUGGAGGCAAUAACCCCCCAGGCCCCAACAAUAACCAUCCCCACUCUCACAAUCACCCCUAUCACGGGCCGCCUGCACCUAUACAAAACCACACCCAAAACUCUCAAAACCCAGGGCCCACCAGUGGGCCCAUGGAUCCUGUUGUCCAACACCAGUCUGGGCCACCUCACAACAGGGGUUCCCUGAUAUCUCAAGGUUGGGGAGAGAUACCCAUCUCCCACACAAAAUCAGAGAGCACUUGGGGGGAAGCUGCACCCACUCCGGUCAGCACCGACAAUGGGACGUCUACCUGGGGAAAAUCUACCGGGGGUUGGGGAGACGGCAACCCAGACAGCUACGGCAGGGGGAAUCCGACAAUGACAUCUGCAUCUUGCAAACAUGCCCCCAAACCUAUGCAAGACGGAUGGGGAGGUGGCGGUGAAGAGCUGAACAUGUCGGGGGGUCAGUGGGAUGCUGAGGAGGGAGACAUGUGGAAUAGCGCUGCCCCCCAUGAGACCAACUCCUCCUGUAACUCUUGGGGCAAUGCAUCUAAAAAGGGCCCACAGAAGCUCUCCCAGGGAAAAGUCCCAGGGAAGCAAGAAGAGGCCUGGAUCAUGAAUCGUCUCAUCAAACAGCUGACAGACAUGGGCUUCCCUAGAGAUCCAGCAGAGGAGGCUCUGAAGAGCAACAACAUGAGCCUGGAUCAGGCCAUGAGUGCCCUGCUGGAGAAGAAGACAGAGCUGGACAAGCGGGGGAUGGGGAUGGGGAUGGCCGGCCACGACUACAACAACGGGCUCAUCAACAAGCCCAUGAGCUGCCCUCGGCCUCCGCUUCUUUCCAAAGACCCCUCGGCAGACCCCCGCUCUCCCUUCAUGGAUAAGAUGCAGAGUGGAAUGUUUGGCGGUGGUGGAGCAGCACAAGCCCGGGCCAUGCAGCAGCCGCAGCCGCCUCCUCACCCGUCAGUGCCGCCUCUCAAUUCCUCUCAGCCUAGUCUACGUGCUCAAGUGCCUCAGUUUCUCUCCCCUCAGGUUCAAGCACAGCUCUUACAGUUUGCAGCAAAAAACAUUGGUCUGAAUCCUGCACUUUUAACCUCACCAAUAAACCCUCAACAUAUGACCCUUCUGAAUCAACUUUACCAGCUGCAACUAGCAUACCAGCGUUUACAAAUUCAGCAGCAGAUGUUGCAGUCGCAGCGCAACGUUUCUGGCCCCAUUCGACAACAAGAGCAGCAAGUUGCACGUACAAUCAAUAACAUGCAGCAGCAGAUCCAACAGCACCAGCGACAGCUGGCCCAGGCUCUGCUGAUGAAGCAGCAGCAACAGCAGCCGCCCCCCUCCCACUCGGGCCUGCAUUCUGGCGGGUCCAAAUCCACCCUGGAUUCAUUUCCAGGUCACCCCCAGGCUCCAGGCCUCCCUGACCUGCAGACCAAAGAGCCGCAGUCAUCUCCCAACACCUACAGCCCCUACUCUCUCUCUGGACUGAAUCCAAACAUGAAUGUAAACUGCAUGGAGGUGGGAAGUCUGUCUAUGAAGGAACCUCCCCAGCCUCAAUCGCGCCUGUCGCAGUGGACGCAUCCCAACUCCAUCGAAAGCCUCUCUGGAAGCUCCUCUCCUCUGGAGUCCAACCUGGGCAAGCAUGGUGCCAACCUGGGCCCCCCUGGUAAGCCCCAUCAGCUGGAGGAUUCUUACAGCCCCUACAACCUGAUGUCCAGCUCAGAGUCUCCUACCAGCCCAUUGGUCCCCCAAGACAGCUGGGGGCAGGGCAAGAGCAGCAAUGACAAGAUGGCCAAUGGGACCAAUAUCAACUGGCCACCAGAGUUCUGCCCCGGUGUGCCCUGGAAGGGCCUCCAGAAUAUUGACCCUGAGACCGACCCUAACGUGACCCCCGGGAGUGUCCCCAGCGGCCCCACCAUCAACACCAAUAUCCAAGAUGUCAACCGCUACCUGCUGCGGGACAGGAGUGGAGGCUCCUCUCCCACUUCAUCUCAGAACGAGGCUCUGCCUCCCUCCACUGAUUGGCCAGUCAGUGCCUACACUAGCUCGUUCAGUUUGUCGUCCCCGGAGGCGGACGAUGCAGGUAAACUAUCAGAGAUGAAAUCUACUUGGUCUCCAGGCCCCAUUUCUCACAGCCAGGCCUCUCUGUCCCACGAGCUGUGGAAGGUCCCCCAGGGCCCAAGCCGGAGCAGCAACAUGGCCCCUUCCCGACCCCCACCUGGCCUCACCAACACCAAGCCUUCAACCUGGGGGGGCAACUCCCUGGGUCUGGCCCAAGGCUGGAGCAGCUCUUACACCACAGCAGGUACCACGUGGAGUACAGACAGCUCCACCAGGACCAGCAGCUGGCUGGUUCUAAGGAACCUCACUCCACAGAUUGACGGUUCAACUCUGCGUACACUGUGCAUGCAACACGGCCCACUCAUCACAUUCCACCUCAACCUGACGCAGGGCAAUGCUGUGGUGCGCUACAGCUCCAAGGAUGAAGCUGCUAAGGCGCAGAAGUCCCUGCACAUGUGCGUGCUCGGGAACACCACCAUCCUAGCCGAGUUUGCUGGGGAGGAUGAAGUGAACCGCUUCUUUGCACAGGGCCAGUCGCUUGGUGGAACAACCAGCUGGCAGGCUUCUCCAGGCUCCAAUCAAACAAGGAUGGGUGGGUCCGGAGCCUCCCAUCCCAUCGGUCACUCACCCCACUGGAACAACAACAAUGGCAGUAGCGGUGGCCUGGGAACAGGCGGCGCAAAAACGAGCGGAGAGUUGCUGUGGGGUGGUGUGCAGCAGUACUCCAGCCUGUGGGGACCCCCGAGUGGAGAAGAGGGACGGGUUAUGGGGAGUCCCACCCAAAUCAAUACACUGCUGCCUGGGGACCUGCUGAGUGGGGAGUCCAUGUAGGACGGAAGAAACAAACACCAACAGGAGCAAAAAUCUUGCAAAUCAUUGUGGAGAUAAUCAGUGUGGCUGUAACGGUGAAAAGGAGAGACGAGAGGAGGGCGAGGCUACAUCCUCGCUGCUCACCCUCGCCAACCUCCUCUACUCCUUUUUGUUUUUAAUGACAUUUCAGUUGCAGUUAUUUUGUGAAUCUUCGUGAGAGAUUUUGGUCACAGUGUUUAGCUUUUUCUUUUGGAGACACAGGAAGAAGUCUUACAUUCAACAAAGAAAGAGAACUUUUUACAGAAAUGAACUUUUGGGAACUCGGCGUGUGAAACAUGUACUUUAGUUAAAACUGACACAACAAGCUGCCACCUUUAAACUUGCGUAAUCCCUCUCUGCCUUUCAGGCAAUCAUACUGCACCUCAGAGAUCCAUGAAAAGGCAUCAUUCCCAAAGUAAAACCCUUCAAUCAGAGUGGUUGUCAAACUUUCAGCUGGUCUAGACGCAACAUUUGUUUCUCUCAGCACUAAUAUUAGCCUUAACCUCUUUCCUGCCCUGCUAUCCUCACUCACUCUGUACUUGGUGAAGAAGCAUACGGACACUUGCACACCCUUAUUUCUGAGCCAGUGAAACCUGAGUGGAGAGUACAUGCUGCUGCGGCUCAACGUAAGCAACCACAGCUCACAACUUCAGUGCAUUUUCGCAAGCAGAUUGAGUUCCCCACACAAUGCUCAAAGGGAAUGAUGCAACUCUGUUCGCCGUGUUCAAGCCAUUUAUUUUUGUAGUGGUUUUUUUUCUUCUUAAAUCAUUGCAAACAAAGCUAAGACAUUGUUAUUCAAAUGUGUCCGUCAAUCUUACCUGGUGGGGGGCGAGACUUGGGACCGUCACAUGUACAUUUGUGAACGUGAUGGAGGACAAAUAUGAACCACUGCUAUUACUAAGGAACUGUAAAGACAAACACUUCAAUGCACCUCAACUCAUCUGCGAGCAACUCGCAGUUUGGUCUCAGUCUCGGACCCUCUCACUGAUGUUGUGGAAAACCUCAAGUCGUAAAUGUUUCCCACCAUUUCAAGUGACGUGCAAUAUAAGCCACAGACUCUACCGUCCAAGCACCCUACCAUGACCUCUCACAGAAAGAGAGGAGACUGUAAGGAAUGAUUGAACUGCAAAAACGCUAUCUGCCCUGCACCCCCUCCCCAACCCGCACCCUAAAACUGCCACUACUACCCUUCAUCUCUCCCCAAGAGUGUGUGAGCUCAGGAGAGGAGCAAGCUGGUCUUCAACCACCUUCUGUCCAAAAUACAAGGACGUACACACAAAGCACUUCUCCAGCCAGCCUACUCUCCACACUUAUGCCAGUGACUAGUUUUGGGGGAGAGGGAGGGUCAGGUGUGUGUGUGUGUGUGCGUGUGUGUGUGUGUGUGUGUGUGUGGUGUGCGUGUGUGUGUCCAUGCUUGGGGAGAAGGCAUCAAACCAAAAUGAGAGGAGCCUGUUCCUUUUUACCCAGAUUUACCUUUUUUUUUUUGCCCAAAUUUGAGUUGGUAGAAAAGUUUGAAGCAAAGAUUUGUGAAUAGGUGGUCGAUCAUAGCACUUAGCAAGAGCAUCACAGCUCGUUGUACCCUUAAUGCCAACAAAUAGAAGAAAGGAGAAGCAACACUGGCAAAUAAAAACUGAAAAAAAACAAAGACAAAAAAGCAAUCUGCUUAGUGGCUUCUCUACGUACUUAUUUUUUAACUUUACAUGGAUGUGAAGAUUUUUUUUUUUUUUUUUUUUUUUUUUUUAAUCCUUCUUCCCUGAAGUCGAUGGGACCAGGAAGGAUGUCAAACAUGGUAGCAAAGUGAAGGGAAAUACAAAGAAAGAACUAACUCAACUGAUGAUGGGUGCGGCAGGGAAAGACCCCAAAGCACUCACCCUCUUUAUCAAAGUAAAUAUCACUGUUACAUUGCAUACUUUGAAAUCUUUAGCCUUGGUGUCUGGAAACACUCGACGUGUUUAUGUUCUACUAGAUCCAGCAGGGAGGAUCGCCAUCUUUGUCGUCCUUUUUUUUUUUUUCUUUCGUCUUUCUAUUGGAGGCCCUGCCAACCUGUGUGAUAGUGUGGCCACUGAGUGCCUACCUGCUGCAGAGUGAUGUGCUCUGCAGCAGCCCUCACCCCACCCUCCCCUUCGCUCGCUGCCUCCCUGCGGAUCCCUACAGACUCCUCUUCCUCCCCUGGCCUCCAGGCAAAGAGCAGCUCUUUCAGAACUGGCCCACCUGUAUUAAAUUUACUACUACUGCUGCGCCAGAGUCUGUCCUCAGCAAUCUCCAUUAUCGCUCUCUGUCUCUCUGUCUCUGUCUCUCUGUCUCUCUCUGUCUCUCUGUCUCUCUGUCUCUCUGUCUCUGUCUCUC